AUGGCCCAAUCGUCUCUCGCUUCAUGUUCUCGCCUCGAUGAUUCGUUCGGCCCUCAUGCCGGCGAAUGUCGGGGCGGCUUCGACUUCACGCUCCUCUUCGAGGAGACCAUCCUUACCCUGUUGCCCCUGUGCCUCCUUCUCGUCGUGCUGCCCCUCCGCAUCAACUUUCUGCUCCGGCGCGCUAAGAAACUGGCUGCCGGGAGAACCUUGGCAGCCAUCAAGUUGUCCGGCUGGAUCGUCCUCGGCGCCCUGCAGCUGGCGGCACUCGCCCUUUGGGCAACCCCGUCGGCGUCGGCUGCCCGCACACGGGCCACCCUCGCCGCUGCCGCCGUCACCGUCGUCUCCACCCUCGGCCUCUGUCUGCUGUCGUGGGUCGAGCACAGCCGGGCCGUCCGGCCAUCGACGCUGAUCAACGCAUUCCUGUUUGCCACGCUGCUGUUUGACAUUGCCCAAGCGCGGACGCUCUGCCUCCGCGCUGAGGGGAAUGCGGAUCAUGCCAUUGCCUACGUUUGCGUCGCCGCCGUGGCCGCCAAGGCGUGCGUGCUCGUCCUCGAAGGCCUCGAGAAACGCCGGCUGCUGCGCGCCGAGUACCGCGCCUACCCGCCCGAGGCCACUGCGAGCAUCUACAACCGCUCCUUCUUCUGGUGGCUCAACGCGCUCUUCCGCAAGGGGUUCAACCAUGAGCUCGACGUCGACCACUUGUUCGCGCUAGACAAGCAGCUUCAGGCGUCCUACUGCUACAAGCGCCUUCAUGCAGCUUGGGCAUCAGUGACCCAAAAGUCGACGUACUCACUGCUGCUGACAUCCUACGGCGUCCUCAAGUGGCCUGUGCUGCAGAGCAUCCCGCCGCGUGCCUGCCUCAUCGCCCUCAACUUCUGCCAGCCGUUUCUCAUCAACCACGCCAUCAAGCUGUCACAGGAGGCGAUCAACGAUGAAACGACGCAGCGCGGCUAUGGUCUCAUCGGCGCCUACCUGCUUGUCUAUGUCGGCAUCGCGGUCUCCAUGGGCCAGUACCAGCACCGGACCUACCGCAGCAUCACCAUGCUCCGCGGCGGGCUCGUGUCCAUCAUCUACCGCAAGACGGGCACGCUGAGCCUCAAGGACGUGGACCCCGCCACGUCCAUGACGCUCAUGAGCGCCGACAUGGAGCGCAUCGUCCAGGGCUGGCAGACCAUGCACGAGAUCUGGGCCAACGCGGCCGAGGUCGGCGUCGCCAUCUACCUCCUCGAGCGCCAAUUGGGCGUCGCCUGCGUCGUUCCUGUUGCAGUCUCGCUCUCAGUGUCCUUGCUCGGAUCCAUGGUCGCCAUGAACUUCAUCAUGUCGCGCCAGGCCAUGUGGCUCGAGGCCAUCGAGAAGCGCAUCUCGGCCACCACGGCCAUGCUGGCGUCCAUGAAGGGCGUCAAGAUGUGCGGCCUGAAAGACACGCUGCUCGCGAGUUUGCAACAGCUGCGAGUCGACGAGCUGCGCAUCUCGAAGCGCUUCCGGAGGCUGCUCAUCUGGAACAUGGUUUUCGCCUACUUGACACAGGUGUUUGCGCCCGUCUUGACCUUCACCGUCUUCUCGGUGCGCGCCCGCAACAGCGGCGACACGACCCUCGACACAGCUCGAGUCUUCACAUCACUGUCACUAUUUGCCCUGCUCUCGGAGCCGCUGGCGUCGCUAGUCAUGUCGCUAGCGACCUACCUGGGCGCCGUCGGCAGCUUCGUCCGCAUCCAACAGUUCCUCGAUUCCGAGGAGCGGGCGGACUUGCGUAGGCCGGCCGAGCCGGCAGAGCUGUCCGAGAAGCCCACGGUCAAUCCGUCGGCGCCCGACGCGAUCGCAGUCCAGGGGGCCAGUUUUGGAUGGGAUGCCGCCAAAGAGCCCCUGCUAAAAGACAUCACGCUCACAGUCCCCUGGGACAAGCUCACCAUGGUAGUAGGCCCCGUCGGCUGCGGCAAGUCCACGCUGCUUCAGGCUGUGCUCGGCGAAGUUCCAGCGCUGGCAGGGUCGGUGCGGCUCGGCUCCACAAGCGUGGCCUACUGUGCUCAGAAUCCCUGGCAUAUGAACGGCACCGUCAGGGAGGCCAUCGUCGGCUGCGAGCAGUUCGACGAGAAGUGGUAUGCCCGUGUUGUGCACGCCUGCGCGCUCCGGCGGGACUUCCGGGAGCUGCCCGCAGGUGACGCAUCGCGGAUUGGAAGCGGCGGCAUUGCCCUCAGCGGUGGACAGAGCCAGCGCAUCGCGCUGGCUCGUGCGGUCUACUCGCGACGGAAAAUCGUCAUUUUGGAUGACGUGCUGAGCGGGCUCGAUAUGUCGACAGAGAACCACGUCUUCCACAGCCUCCUUGGCCAGAAGGGACUUCUCCGCGAGAUGCAAUCUACCGUCUUACUCGUUUCCUCGUCAGCCAAGCGCCUCCCUUACGCGGAUCAUAUUGUGUGUCUCGGCCCGAACGGGGUUCUCACCGCACAGGGCAGCUUCAGCGAGCUCAACGACGCCGGAGGCUACGUCUCAUCGUUCUCCCUGCCCCACGCUGACUGGUCCUACACCGUUGACGACGUUGACGACCAGAUCGUGGAAGCUGCGGCCCUUGACAAAGAACGCGAGGGCAUCACCACUGCGCGCCCCAAGGGCUCCGAUUCGGCCGAGGCCGACACCGGGCGACGGACCGGCGACGUGCAGAUAUACCUGUACUAUGUCAAGUCGGUCGGCUGGUGGGCGACCAUCCUCUUUGUCUUGGCCAUUGUCGGUUUCAUAUUCUGCAUGUCGUUUCCGAAUGUCUGGGUGCAGUGGUGGGCUGCCGACAACGACUCGCACCCCAACGAAAGGCUGGGCUAUUGGCUCGGCAUAUAUGCCAUGUUUGGGGGCGCCGCUAUUGUGUGCCUGUUCUUGAGUUGUUGGCAAAUGAUCAUCACCAUGGUCCCGCAGUCCGGAGAGAAGUUCCACUAUGCCCUGCUGAACACGGUCCUUAGUGCGCCCAUGUCGUUCUUCGACAACACAGAUUCGGGCGUCACGCUGAAUCGCUUCAGCCAGGACCUACAGCUGAUCGAUAUGGAGCUGCCAAUUGCCGCAUUAAACACGUUUGCCACAUUCGUCCUCUGCAUCGCGCAGAUGGCCCUGAUUGGCGUCGGUUCCAUUUACGCGGCCAUCUCGUUCCCUAUCGUGCUGGCUGCCUUGUAUCUCAUCCAGAUGGUCUACCUGCGUACCUCGCGCCAGCUGCGUCUGAUGGACCUGGAGACCAAGGCGCCUCUGUACACGCUGUUUGAGGAGUCUCUCAGCGGACUUGCCACGAUCCGCGCGUUCGGCUGGCAGGGCACGCUUGAACAGAAGAACCACGAGCUGCUCGACAGGUCGCAGCGCCCUUUCUACCUGCUGUUUGCGGUACAGCGCUGGCUCACGCUCGUGCUGGACCUGCUUGUCGCCGCCAUCGCCGUGCUGCUGAUCGUUCUCGUGGUCGAGCUCCGCGGCACCGUGGCCGCAGGUGGCGUAGGCCUUGCGCUACUCAACGUGAUCCAGUUCAGCCAGAACAUCAAGCUGCUGGUCACAUUCUGGACCACCCUCGAGACACACAUCGGCUCGGUCUCGCGCGUCAAGAGCUUUACCGAGACGGCGGUCUCGGAGGAUCAGCCGGAGGAGAAGCAGACGCCGCCGCCAGAUUGGCCGUCGGCGGGCGCGAUCGAGUUUGAAAACCUCUCUGCUGCCUACAGCCGAGACGACCUCGUGUUGAGAGACGUGUCGCUCUCCAUCAAAGCCGGCGAAAAGAUUGCGGUCUGCGGCAGAACCGGCAGCGGCAAGACGUCGCUCAUCAUGACCCUCUUCCGCCUCGUAGACAUGACAAGAGGGUCCAUCCGCGUGGACGGGGUCGACAUCGCCACCCUCCCGAGACAGGAAGUCCGCAGCCGGAUCGUGGCCGUCCCGCAGCACCCGUUCCUGCUCAAGGGCUCGGUACGCCUCAACGCAGACCCGAUGGGCAUCGCCUCGGACGAAGACAUCGCAGCGGCGCUCCAGUGCGUGCAGAUCAAGGAGGCGGUCGACAAGAAUGGCGGGUUGGACGCCGACAUUGACGCCGUCAAUCUGUCGUCUGGGCAGAGACAGCUGCUGUGUCUUGCCCGCGCCAUGCUCCGGCGCAGCAGCAUCCUCAUCUUGGAUGAGGCCACCAGCAGCAUCGAUGCCAAGACGGAAGAGACGAUGCAGCGCCUCAUCCGCCGGAAGUUCGCCAACCACACCAUAAUCGCCGUGGCGCACAAGCUCGAGACCAUCAUGGACUUCGACAAGGUGGCGGUGCUGGACGCCGGGAGACUGGUUGAAUUUGACAGCCCGUAUGCUCUUCUGGAUGUACCCGACUCGGCGUUCUCGAGGCUGUAUCAUGCAUCGGUAGCCGAGGAGGAGGACUUGGAUUUGACGUUGGAGAGGACCGAGAGUUGA